AGACCCGGGGAAGAGCAGCGAGCUGAGAGACUGACCGACUUCUCUUUACAACAACAGAAACAGCGGCUCGGUGUGAAGCGCUGUUCUCCGGUAUUAAACUGUGUUUAGUGUGGAGUGUGGAGCCUGUCAGCGGGCCUGGAGAUACAGAGGAAAAGACAGAUCAAGUGGUUUAGUGUUUGCUCCGUCAUUUUAGAAGAUGGUUAAUGUACUGAAAGGAGUUCUUGUGGAAUGUGACCCGGCCAUGAAGCAGUUUCUCCUGUACCUGGAUGAGACGUCUGCUUUGGGGAAGAAGUUUAUUAUUCAGGACUUGGAUGACACGCACGUCUUUAUUUUGGCUGAAGUUGUGCCGAUACUUCAGGAGAAAGUUGGGGAGCUCAUGGACCAAAACUCUUUUCCCAUCACUCAGAAAUAAGCUCUGAAAUCUUGACGUGUUCUCCUUGUCUCUUGGCAUUCCUGAAUCUGAGUGGCACUGGACUAAGAAUGUGUUUCCUAUGAUAAAUAUCUAAAACAAAAGAUUGUCUGCAAUGUUUCAUUGUUAACUUGUGUUUCACUGUUUUACGAGUAUGAAUCGUGCAUAUUAUUUCUAAAUGUUCCCAUUAUUGGUCUGUUACCAACUAGUGUUUAAAAAUGCUUUGAUCCUGCAGUGGAAAUAAAGCUGAUGAAAUCCUAA